ACACUGGCCGUCCUAGGAACCGCCCCGCCCCGCUGCCUCGUUCUUCCGUCUCCCGCGACACCAGAAGUUCCGCCCCGAGCGGACUCCGGAGCUUGCAAAUCGCCGAGUCCGUACUUCUGCGCAGGCGCCCUCAACCCACAUCUGGCUAGGUUCCUGCAGCGAAACCGCUUUGCGGCCAUGGCCCCUCCGCCGCUGUCGCCGCCGCUGUGCGUUCUGCCGCCAGGCUCGGGCCCUCCCCGCUUCGUGUGCUACUGUGAGUCGGAGGACAGCGGAGACGGGGAUGGCGGCGGCUUCAACCUCUAUGUGACGGACGCCGUGGAGCUCUGGAGCACCUGCUUCUCACCUGACAGCCUGGCGACGCUCAAAACCCGAUUUGGCCUAAGUGGGACCGAGGACAUCCCUUCCCGGUUCAGGGCAGCUUGCCAGCAACAAACAGUGACUGUAAGCCUGCAACAGGAUAGGGCCUCGAUGACGCUUUCAGGGGACACCUCCGCACUAGCCUUUGACCUCUCCAAGGUGCCCAGCCCAGAGGCAGCGCCUAAGCUCCAGGCUUUGACUCUCAGCCUGGCAGAGCGAGUGUACAACCUAGAGAAGCGGCUAGCAGAAGAGACUAGUCCCAAGAAGAACACCCAUCCAGCGGGCCCUCAGUUCUUCUUACCAGAACCUGAUCACCAGAGAGGCAGCUCUGGACUUGGGGUCAGGAGACGGUGUCCAGGGGAGUCUCUCAUCAACCCUGGCUUCAAAAGGUACCUGCCCUCGUGUCUUUCCUACCCUGGUCCUCUCCCUUUCCUCUGUGCAUUACAUACAUCGUCUUCUAGUAAGAAGCCAGCUGGCGGUGUAGACUUCGAUGAGACCUGAAGAUACAGCAGAACCUGUGUCCUUGCCAGAAGCCUGUCUACGAGGAAAGGGGUAGAUCCAAGACCCCCACCAACCAGAGAAAGCCACUGCUUAACUUCCACCGACUGGUCUUACUGUUUGGCAGGAGCGCCUCUCAUCUCUUCCUGGUUAAAUAAACUGUUCUCUUGGGUAGAAAUGCUAGGCCAGACUC